UUCUCCCUAACUUCUCUGUUCAUCUUUUUUCAGUCUCUAUUUAUAAAAAAAAAUAUCUUACAUAGUAUUCUCUGAAUCCAUCUCUCCAAGAAACAGUUCAAGAUCAAAUCAAGAAACGUACUUAUAAGUUUCUGAUUUUGAAAAUAUCAUUAAUUCAUCAACUUGUUGUUUCAUUUCUAAAGAGGGUUUAAGGUUUCUCUUGAGAAAACGAUGGAGACUUUUUGUGGGUUUCAGAAGGAGGAAGAGCAGAUGGAUUUACCUCCUGGGUUCAGAUUUCAUCCAACAGAUGAAGAACUUAUAACUCACUAUCUCCAUAAGAAGGUUCUUGACAUCACCUUCUCAGCUAAAGCUAUUGGUGAAGUUGAUUUAAACAAAUCAGAGCCAUGGGAGCUACCAUGGAUGGCAAAAAUGGGUGAGAAAGAAUGGUAUUUUUUCUGUGUGAGAGAUAGAAAGUAUCCCACCGGUUUAAGGACUAAUCGAGCAACUGAAGCCGGUUAUUGGAAGGCGACCGGGAAGGAUAAGGAGAUAUACCGAGGCAAAUCGCUUGUUGGGAUGAAGAAGACACUUGUUUUCUAUAGAGGAAGAGCUCCUAAAGGUCAGAAAACCAACUGGGUCAUGCAUGAAUACAGGCUUGAAGGAAAAUUCUCCCCCCAUAACUUACCGAAAACCGCAAAGAAUGAGUGGGUGAUAUGCAGGGUUUUUCAGAAGAGUGCAGGAGGGAAGAAGAUCCCGAUUUCGAGUCUAAUCCGAAUAGGCUCCCUCGGGACCGACUUUAACCCUUCGCUAUUGCCCUCUUUAACCGAUUCUUUGCCUUACAACGAUAAAACCAAAACAGAACCUGUCUACGUGCCCUGCUUCUCCAACCAAACGGAUCACAACCAAGGAACAACACUCAAUUGCUUCAGCAGUCCUGCUCUUAACUCAAUCCAAGCCGACAUUUUCCAUAGGCUCCCACUCUAUCAAACUCAACCCCUGCAGGUUCCCACGAAUCUACAGAGCCCUAUUCUCGCGCAAGAACACUCGGUUCUACACGCUAUGAUCGAGAACAACAGAAGAAGACAGAGCCACAAAACGAUGAGUGUCUCACAAGAAACCGGUGUUUCGACUGAUAUAUCUUCGGAUUUUGAAUUCGGUAAGAGACGAUUCGAACCUCAAGAAGAUCCAUCUUCCUCCACUGGACCGGUUGAUCUUGAACCUUUCUGGAAUUACUGAAGAAGAUUCAAGAGAGGUCUCAAGUCUCAUCAUGUUCAUUAAUUUACUGUCAAAGAAAGAAAGUAAGAAAACUUUUUUCACCUUUUAGUGUGGUGUGUUAAAAAGUUUGUAUAGAUUAUUACCAUCUCAAAUACUUCCACUAUACACAUUAUACUCUCAAUUUAAAGAUAAAAACUUAAAUA